AUGGCGCAGGUGUGUAAGGCGGGCUGCCGCUUUCCGGGAGCAGAUAGGCCGGCUGUGAGGCAGCGGGGUGCGGACGCGCCGGGGGCGGUGCCGGCCCGUGAUGGAUGUCGGUCCGCGGGGCGGCUGGGCGGCUGGGCGGCGUGCAAAAACCUGCGCUCGCCGCCGGUCACUGCGGGCACCGCGCUGUCGCACAGCGCCAUCUUCACGGAAGACCAGAAGGACACCAGCACUGAGCUGGCGUUCAAGUACGCCGUGUACCGCAUCAACAAGGACAAGGAGCUGCUGCCCAACACGACGCUUGUGUACGACAUCCAGUACGUGCCGAGGGACGACAGCUUCAGGACCUCCAAGAAAGCCUGCAAGCAGCUGGAGCACGGCGUGCAGGCCAUCUUCGGGCCGUCGGACCCGCUGCUGGGCGCCCACAUACAGUCCAUCUGCGAGGCACUCGACGUUCCGCACGUCGAGGCGCGUCUCGACUUCGAGCCCAGCUUCAAGGAGUUCUCCAUCAACCUGCACCCCUCGCAGGAGCACAUGAACCGCGCCUUCAAGGACCUCAUGGCCUUCCUCAACUGGACCAAGGUCGCCAUCAUCUACGAAGAAGACUACGGGCUGUUCAAGCUGCAGGACCUGGUCAAGUCACCGCCGGUGGUCCGCACCGAGAUGUACAUCCGGCAGGCGACCCCCACCACCUACCGGCAGGUGCUGCGAGAGAUCCGGCAGAAGGAGAUCUACAAGCUCAUCGUCGACACCAACCCCAAACACAUGUAUAAGUUCUUCAGAGCGAUUCUCCAGCUCCAAAUGAACGACUUCCGAUACCACUAUAUGUUCACCACAUUCGACAUGGAGACGUUCGACCUGGAGGACUUCAAGUACAACUCAGUGAACAUCACGGCGUUCCGGCUGGUGGCGGUGGAGGACGAGCGCGUGCGCGCGGCGCUGGAGCAGAUGUCGCGCUUCGCGCCCGUCGGGCCGUCCAUCCUGCACCGCACGGGCGUGCUGCAGGCGGAGCCGGCGCUGCUGCACGACGCCGUGCACGUGUUCGCCCGCGGGCUGGCCGCGCUCGACCGCAGCCACCAGCUGCGGCCCGCCAACCUCUCCUGCGAGCUCGAGCGCCCCUGGGACGACGGCCUCUCGCUCUACAACUACAUCAGCUCGGCGGGUCUGCACGGGCUGACGGGGCACAUCGAGUUCACGGAGGGGAAGCGCAGCAACUUCAAGCUGGACCUGCUGAAGCUGAAGCGCGAGCAGCUGCGCUCCGUCGGCUUCUGGAGCCCCGCAGGCGGCGUCAACAUCACCGACCCCAGCGCCUUCUACGAGACCAGCGUCAACAACAUCACCCUCGUCGUCAUGACCAGGGAGGAGAAGCCGUACGUGAUGGUGAAGGAGGACCACAACCUGACGGGCAACGCGCGCUACGAGGGCUUCUGCAUCGACCUGCUCAAGUGGAUCGCUGCCCAGGUCGGCUUCCACUACGCCAUCAAGCUCGUUCCCGACCACAUGUACGGCGUCUACGACCCGGACACCAGGGAGUGGAACGGCAUCGUGCGCGAGCUCAUGGAGAAGCGCGCUGACUUGGCCGUAGCAUCCAUGACCAUCAACUACGCCAGGGAGAGCGUCAUCGACUUCACGAAGCCAUUCAUGAACCUCGGCAUCGGCAUCCUGUUCAAGGUCCCGACGAGCCAGCCGACGCGGCUCUUCUCCUUCAUGAACCCGCUGGCCGUCGAGAUCUGGAUCUACGUGCUGGCCGCCUACCUGCUGGUCAGCUUCACGCUGUUCGUGAUGGCGCGCUUCUCGCCCUACGAAUGGAACAACCCGCACCCCUGCCUCGCCGAGUCCGACGUGGUCGAGAACCAGUUCUCCGUUUCUAACAGCUUCUGGUUCAUCACCGGCACCUUCCUCAGGCAGGGCUCCGGACUCAACCCCAAGGUUUCGGAAAGCAUGCCGAGUCGCUUGUUCUCGUUCAUGAACCCGCUAGCGGUGGAGAUCUGGCUGUACGUGCUGGCGGCGUACGUGCUGGUCUCGCUCACCAUCUGGGUGGUGGCGCGCUUCUCGCCCUACGAGUGGUGCGUGCCGGCGUGCGCCUGCGCCGACUACCAGCACGCGACGGCCGCGCUGCUCGUCUUCCAGAACGACUUCACGCUCGCCAACAGCUUCUGGUUCACCAUCGGCACGCUCAUGCAGCAGGGCUCCGAUCUCAACCCCAAGGCCACUUCCACGCGCAUCGUGGGCGGCAUCUGGUGGUUCUUCACGCUGAUCAUCAUCUCGUCGUACACGGCCAACCUGGCCGCCUUCCUCACCGUGGAGAGGAUGAUCACGCCCAUUGAGAACGCAGCGGACCUCGCCGAGCAGACGGAGAUCUCGUACGGCACGCUUGAAGGCGGCUCCACCAUGACCUUCUUCAGGGACUCUAAAAUCGGUAUUUAUCAGAAAAUGUGGCGGUUCAUGGAAAGCAAGCGGCCGUCAGUACUGGUGUCCACGUAUGAAGAGGGAGUGAAACGGGUACUGGAAGGCAACUACGCUUUCCUCAUGGAGUCCACCAUGUUGGAUUACGCCGUUCAACGUGACUGCAAUCUCACGCAGAUCGGAGGCCUCCUUGACUCGAAAGGUUACGGAAUUGCCACACCUAAAGGGUCACCUUGGAGAGACAAAAUAUCACUUGCCAUCCUGGAGCUGCAGGAGAAAGGUAUAAUCCAGAUUCUGUACGACAAAUGGUGGAAAAAUACCGGAGAUGUAUGUAACAGGGAUGACAAGAGCAAGGAAUCCAAAGCCAACGCGCUAGGGAUUGAGAAUAUAGGAGGCGUAUUCGUCGUCUUGCUAUGCGGACUGGCACUUGCUAUCCUAGUAGCCAUCCUAGAAUUCUGCUGGAAUUCGAAAAAGAAUGCGCAGACUGAUAGACAAUCCCUGUGCUCGGAAAUGGCAGAGGAGCUGCGGUUUGCAGUCCGUUGCCACGGGUCACGGCAACGUCCAGCCUUGAAGCGCUCCUGUACGCGGUGUUCUCCAGGGACGACGUACGUUCCUGCCGCUCUGGAGAUGCCACACAUCAACGGGGAGACAGGGAUCCUGCCUAUGAUUGAAAUGAAGAAACCAUCCCUGAGUUAUGAUCCUGAUACCUAGCAGAAUGUUCAGAGUGGAUCACAUCUCACAGACACUUUGUGAUACCACUCAAGGGAUUAAAAACAAAGAAGCUGCUGUGAUAAUAAGUGAAAAUGUACAGUUCCCUGCUCAUUGUGGCACAUUUUUGACAUGAACUGAGUUCAAUUCAGAGAAGUGUCAGGUGUGUUUUCUGACUGAAGACUUAUAAGAACAAUAGUGCAGUGAAAAAUUGAGUACAGACUACAAUAAAUGGGUUGAAAGUCCCAUGGCCUAAGGUACUGUCUUUCGUGAAAUACAAAUAAAGUACUGUCAUGAUGUGCAGAAAACUUCCCAUCACUUCCAAUGGCAAAUGUCAUCCUCACAAAGGCAGAAAAACUAUUUUUAAUAUUAUAAUUCUGUGGUACCUACAACUCAAGCUCUGGGACUUAGAGUGAAUUAAGAAUUUUUAUUUUUAAAAAUGAAAUUAAAAGUACUUAAUUUCAGUGUCACUUGUGCCAAGAGUAAU